CCGGCAUGGAAGUAGUGGGUCUCUUGUGUGCGGUGGCGGUGGCCGUCCUGACAUGGGGCUUCCUCCGGGUUCGGAACUCGGCGGAACGAAUGAGGUCUCCGGAGCAGGCGGGCCUGCCGGGAGCCGGAAGCCGGGCCCUUCUGGUGAUCGCGCACCCGGACGAUGAAGCCAUGUUCUUUGCUCCCACGGUGCUAGGCUUGGCCCGCCUCGGGCAGCGGGUGUUCUUGCUCUGCUUCUCCGCAGGAAAUUACUACAGUCAAGGAGAGAUUCGGAAGAAAGAACUUCUGCAGAGCUGUGACGUCUUGGGGAUUCCACCUUCCCGGGUAACGAUCAUCGACAAGAGCGAGUUUCCAGAUGACCCAGGAGUGCAGUGGGACACAGAGAGUGUGGCCAACACCCUCCUCCAACACAUAGAGGUCAAUGACAUCAGCCUGGUGGUGACUUUUGAUGCAGAAGGAGUCAGUGGUCACAGCAAUCAUGUGGCUUUGUACAAAGCCGUGAGGGCCCUGCGCUCUGAAGGGAAGCUGCCUACAGGGUGUUCCGUACUCACUCUGCAGUCUGUAAGUGUGCUCCGGAAGUAUCUCUACCUCCUGGAUCUGCCCUGGUCUCUACUCUCACCCCAGGAUGCCCUCUUCAUACUCACCAGCAAAGAAGUGGCACAGGCCAAGAAAGCCAUGUCCUGCCACCAGAGUCAGCUUGUCUGGUUCCGCCGCCUCUACGUCCUCUUCUCCAGAUACAUGAGAAUCAACUCACUGCAGUUCCUCUGAAGCCAGAAGAGUUUUCAGAUCUUUAACAGACCAAGAAGUCCCUGGGCCUGGCUUGGAGCUGGCUUAUCUCCUUAGACCGGGGAGAUCCCAGCAAAGCAGCCUCUGAGAACAAACCCUAUGGACAAGAGUCACACAGACCCUGCUGCCACCUUAGGGGACAAAAAACACCAAGACCCAAAACUACACGAACACAAUACUCAACUUUUUAUUUUAUUUUACAAUAUAUACAUAGCAUAAGCUAUGAAAAAUAUUUUCAAAUCUCAGAGGUUAAAAAGAUGCAUAGAGCCAGGUGAUGGCAGACGCCUUUAAUCACAGCACUCAGGAGACAGAGAUAAGCUGAGUUCUAUGAGUUCGAGGCUAGCCUGGUCUACAGAGCAAGUUCCAGGACAGCUGAAACUACACAGAGAAACCCUGUCUUGGAAAAAAAAUGCAUAGAAUUACAAUACUUCCAGGUAGUGACAUUUGAGAUUUUGUACCUGUUCAUAUUUAUUUUGCUAUCUAUUGUAAAUUAAGAGGUUGGUGAUGGUAACUUGGUUGGUAGAGUGCUUGCCUAGGUUUGGCCUCCAGCAUAGCAUAAACUGUGUGCCAACAUUUGGGCUGUGGAGGCAGAAGAAUUAGAAAUUCGAGGUCAUCCUCAGAUACAUAGCAAGUUUGAAACCAACCCAGGCUAAAGAAGACUCUUCAAAAAUAAAUAAUACGUAAAAAAAAAAAUUUUUUUUUUUGUUUGGCUUUGUUUUGUUUGUUUUCUAAGACAGGGUUUUUCCUGUUUGGCCUUGACUGUCCUGGAACUGUUUUGUAGGCUAACCUGACAUGGAACUCAGAGACACCUUCACAUAGACAUAUAUGCAGGCAAAAUGCCAAUGAACACAAAAUAACAAUUUUUUUUUGAGACAGGGUUUCUCUGUAUAACAGCCCUAGUUGUCCUGGAACUAGCUCUGUAGACCAGGCUGGCCUCAAACUCACAGAGAUCAGCCUGUCUGUCUCUGCCUCCUGAGUGCUGGAAUUAAAGGUGUAUGCCACCACCAUGCAGCUAUAAAAAUAAAUAAUUAAAAACAAAGAAUAAAAAAUAAGAAGAGGCCAGUUCAGUCUACGUAAUGAGUUCCAGAAUAGCCGGGGCUAUAGCGAGAGACCCUGUCUAAAAAGGCCUGCAUGGUGGUGUGCUCUCAGGAUGCCGAAGCAGAAGGAUUUCAAGUUUAAAGCCACCACGAUCUACAUGGCAAGACACUCUCUCAAAACCAGACUAAAACGCAAACAACUUCACAUUUGCCUCAUUAAACCUUCCAUAUCAUUCAAUCUGUGACAAUUACAGGCAGGACAAAACUACGUGACACACUGGAAAAAUGCUCUUUCCUAGGGUUGUGGUUAUGAUUUGCAGAGCCCAAGCUGAAACCUAAUAACGAUUUCCUUUCAAUUUGCUUCAUGGAUGCUCCCUAAUUGUGACAGGAGGGAAAAGCACUCUAAAUGUUUCUUCUGGAGCAGAGGGAUGCUGGGGAGGGUAAAAUGUCAAGAUGCAGGACAAAUAACAGGGUCCAGGCGAGACUGGUAGUUAUGGAAAAGUACUGUAUCCAAAUUCACCAGGGGGAAAUUAAAAGCCUGCGAAAUAGCUGGGGGUGUAGCUCAGCGAAGCGGUUGCCUAGGAUGCAUGGAGACCUGGGUCUGGUUUCCAGUGCUAUAUAAACAGGGCGUGGUGGUGGUGCCUGCCUGAAAUCUCAGCAUUCAAGAGGUGAAGGCCAGAGGAUCAGAAAUUCAAGGUUAUGGUGUACACGCAGAGGCAGGCAGAUCUCUGCGAGUUCAAGAGAACCAGGGCUAUGUAGAGAGAUGGUGCCUUAAAAAGUGAAAAACAAAACAGAACAGUGUAACAGUCGGAGGCUCUAAUCUCAUCCGGAAUCUGGCAAAUCAACCUGGCAGCUAGUUCACACAGCACUUAGAAACGCCAGUACUGGGCUAGAGUGGAGGGUGCACGGUCGAAAGCCCCCACCGCUCCUGCAGAGGGCCAGUUUGAUUUCCAGCACCCCGUGUCAGACCACUCAUUCCCUGCUCCAAAUGGAUCCAAAGCCUCUGGUCACCUGCAUUCACACACACAAGCCCACACACGACAAAGACACACAAGAUUUUCAAAUCCUUUAAGAAGCCACCGAUAUCCACUGACAGAACACUCAUUUACAAACACCAGUUAGUCACUGGCCACUGAAAACUCCGUAAUAAGUACCCCAACACAGAGACUUUUCUGUUCACAGUGUGUGACCAAAAUCUAACUUCAGAUGAGGUGCGGUAUUACAUUCGUAUAAUCUCGGCACUCAGGAGCCCGAGGGAGGAGGAGUGCAAGUUCAAAGCCAGGCUGGCCUGCAUGUAACAAGACUUUGUCUCAGAAAACAACAAAGACCAAAACCCAAGAACAAACAUAACACCACCCUUUCUCAAAGAGAAAAUAAAACCAAAUCCUAGGACAGAGGCUGUGACAGCGGAAGAGUGUCCCAGAGGCUAUAAAUUCAAUCACUCACUCACUUACACACUCAC